AUGAGCACUCCAAGGUCCCGUCUUUUCGAGCCUGUCAGGCUCGGCACCAUCGAUUUGAAGCACAGGAUCGUCCUCGCUCCUUUGACUAGAUACCGGAAUGGCGAUGACCACGCCGCCCUGCCUUUCAUGCAGCGCUACUACGCGGACCGUGCCUCUGUUCCCGGAACACUAGUCAUCUCGGAAGCUACUGGCAUCGCUCAAGGCCAAGAAGGCCAGCGCUUCCUUCCCAGCUUCGUCACGGAUGCACAGGUUGCCGCCUGGAAGAGCAUCAUCGAGGGCGUGCACGCCAAGGGCUCCUUCUGGUUCCAGCAGCUCUGGGAUCAAGGCCGCGCCGCUGAUCCGUCCUACGUCGCCGAACGCGGUGGCCGAUACCGUUCCAGCAGCGCUGUUCCCCUGGACGGCCGGGAACAGGCCCCCGAGGAGAUGAGCGAGGAGGACAUCCAGAAGGUCAUCCAGGACUACGUCGCGACCGCCAAGCGCGUGAUUGCUGCCGGUGGCGACGGUGUGGAAGUUCACGGCGCCCACGGCUAUUUGAUUGACCAGUUCCUGUCAGAUGUCGUCAACAAGCGGACCGACAAGUGGGGAGGCUCUGUCGAGAACCGCGCUCGCCUUGUUGUCGAGGUCGUCAAGGCCGUCUCGGAAGCAAUUGGCACCCAGCGUGUCGGUCUCCGCUUGUCGCCAUACGCCAGCUUCCAGGGCGCCAUCAAGUCUGACACCAAGGAGCUCAACCUGCACAUCGUGAAACAGCUCAAGGCGCUCGACGGAGCUCUUGCAUACAUUUCCCUCGUCGAGGCCCGCGGCGAUCCGGCUACUUUGAUGCUCAACAAUCCAGAGGACGAGACCAAGACGCUAGACUUUAUUCUCGAGGAGUGGGACAACCGAUCUCCUGUGAUUGUUGCCGGUGGCUAUACCCCUGAGUCGGCUCAGCAGGCUGUUGACGGCCACUAUAAGAAGUGGGAUGUGCUCGUCGCUUUCGGCCGUCACUUCCUCGCCAACCCGGAUCUGGUGUACCGGGUCGAGAACGGGAUACAACUGAACGAGUACAAUAGGAACACGUUUUACUUGAACAAGACAGAGGAGGGGUACAACGACUACCCCUUCAGCCCUGAGUUCCUCAAGGCAUCAGCAUAA